UGUCACCGUCUUGGCUGGGAGUGAAACCCGGCCGGCUGGCAGUUGAAACAAGUCUCGCCUCCGCUUUUGGACAAACUACUGUAAAAAGCGUACGUUUGUUUUGUUAAAGUAAAUCUAAGUAGUUAUGUCCAGUAAAUCGACUCCGCAGCUCGCCAGGACUAUUUUGGAUGGUUUUCAAGUCCACUCGAACAAAUUUGUCCGUGGGAACCUAAAACGCGGAAAUGCCAGACAUGUUGGUCCUGGUGGGGCUCUGGGGACGUUGAGAAAGCCCAGUUUGUCCCAGUGUGCCACCUCCUACAUCAAGACCCCCCACCGCAGCUUCAUCAACUUGGCCGCUCCCAUCAGUAGUCGCAGAACCGAGUACGCCGAGAGCCGGACCAUAGGGUUCACGCCCGAGCAGAUGUACAGCGUGGUGGCCUGCGUGGAGCAGUACCAGCACUUUGUUCCCUGGUGCAAGAAGUCCCGCGUCGUCAAGGGGCGGACGGAUGGCGAUAUGCAUGCCGAGCUGGAAAUCGGUUUCCCACCCGUGGUGGAGCGCUACACUUCUGAGGUCACCGUUGUUCCCAACCACCAAGUCAGAGCUUUGUGUACCGACGGAUCCCUCUUCAGCCAUCUUGAGACAGUGUGGAGGUUCGCACCUGGACCCAAAGACGUACCCAAGUCCUGCAAAGUGGACUUUUAUGUGUCCUUUGAGUUCAAGUCGCUGCUCCACUCUCGCCUGGCCAGUGUCUUCUUCGACGAGGUGGUCAAGCAGAUGGUCUGCGCUUUCGAGUCGCGGGCGACGGAGCUCUACGCUGGCCAGCAGGAGGCGCCCUUGAGGAGGGGAUCAAGGUGACACGCCCGCUGCUGUUCUGCUCUCUUUGCACUCAGUUUGACUUUGACUAAUUUUGUAUUUAUUAUUAGUCACUAGCUAAUUUAUUUCACUUGUAUGUUCACAAAUGUCCUGGUGUCAUACUCACAUACGUUUUACUUAGUUUUUUUUUUGUAUUAAAAUCUUAUUUUCCCAACACUUGUACUGUCAUUUAU